AUGACGAGGACUGUCCAGUCAGAUGUCACGUUCACAUCUGGAUACCUGCGCGCGGAAAGCAGCUGUCCGCCCCCCCGCGCUGCACCGACGCCCAAGCUUCAGACCCCCUCCGCGGUCGGGCGGGCGGAGAAAUGCGCCCCCGCGGGACCCAUAAGGACGGCUUUGGCGAACGCGCUGGAGGACCUGUCGGCGCAGAACUUCGAGAAGUUCCGCCACCGGCUCGUCGACCGCCGGGAGGAGCCCCGGGUCAGGCGCGCCAGGGUGGAGGGGAAAAACUUCUUGGAUGUCACCGACGUCCUGGUCUCCACUUUCACCGAGGCCGGCGCUCUGCGGGUCGCCGCGGAGAUACUUCGGGCGAUCGACUGCCACGAGGAGGCGGAGGAACUCGUCAGAGAAACGACUGAGAUGGCCACCAACACCAUAAAGACGGCUUUGGCGAACGCGCUGGAGGACCUGUCGGCGCAGAACUUCGAGAAGUUCCGCCACCGGCUCGUCGACCGCCGGGAGGAGCCCCGGGUCAGGCGCGCCAGGGUGGAGGGGAAAAACUUCUUGGAUGUCACCGACGUCCUGGUCUCCACUUUCACCGAGGCCGGCGCUCUCCGGGUCGCCGCGGAGAUACUUCGGGCGAUCGACUGCCACGAGGAGGCGGAGGAACUCGCUAAAAAGACAGGUGGACAAUCCUCAAAACCUGGUUCCAGUGACAACAAGCACUUUGUGGACAAACACAGACUUCAGCUGAUCAACAGAGUGAGCAACGUUGCACCCAUUUUGGAUGAGCUCUUAGACUCUAAUGUCAUCCAGCAAGAAAGUUAUGAUACAAUCAGAGCUCUGUCUACGUGCCAGGAAAAGAUAAGGGCGAUCUACGCCGCCCUUAAAGCCGGUGAAUCCUGCAAAGACAUCUUCUACGAUAUCCUCAAGAAAAACGAUCCAUAUCUCAUUGCUGACCUCCAGGGAAACAAGUAAAUGUGACGAGGAAAUCCAUUUCAAGACCAAAGAUGAAUUUGUAUGGCGUUCAGUGCAUUCCGCGUCACGACCAGUGAGGCUCCAUUAAUUGCUUAAUUCUUAAACAAAACAUGCAUCAUGAUUUAUUUUUUUUUACGUCAUUUAAAUGAUACAGAAAGUGUUUUAUCAGACUAUCAUGUAAGAAAUUAAUUAAGGAUCUCACCAUCUAACCAAAAACUAAACGGGAGUGUUGUAGUUUUUAAGAUCAUUUUAGAAAAGAAUUAACAGAAUUAUUAUCCUUAAUGUUUACAUGUAGGGCAGAUUUCAAACUGUCAUUUAUGCCAAAUUUGACAAAAGCUUCUUUUUUUUAAUCGCUUUAAUUCCGUCCAGUGAGAAUUUGCUGUUGUCAUUCCAAAUGAUUUCAAUUUAAAAUUUAUAAUAAAAUCCUAUGAUUUCU